ACCACAGACACAGAUACAGGACAGGUAACUUUUAUGGAGGGAGCUGAAAUAUCUGUGUUUUGGUGUUUAUUAGUUUGUGUUUUAUUAAAAAUUAUUUAUUGUUAAGUAAUAAAUAAGAAUUAAUGAUUUUAUGGUUUUAAAGUUCUUAUUAUAUCAUAUUGAGUUAAAAUGACGUCGGCAGUUUAUUUAGAACACUAUUUAGACAGUCUCGAACAUUUACCCACGGAAUUACAACGCAAUUUUACUUUGAUGAGAGACUUAGACACUAGAGCCCAAGGUUUAAUGAAAAACAUUGACUCUAUUGCUGAUAACUUCCUUAGAAACAAAAAGACACUGACUCCAGAGCAAAGAAAAGAGAAAUUAGAUAAGAUACAAGCACUAUUCAAUAAAGCUAAGGAAUAUGGUGACGACAAGGUGCAACUAGCAAUUCAAACUUACGAACUAGUUGAUAAACACAUUCGUAGAUUAGACAAUGACCUAGCAAGAUUUGAAUCUGAAAUUCAAGAUAAGGCUCUUAAUGCAAGAAACCAGGAGGAACCUGCUGUUGGCAAAAGGGGUAGAAAGAAAUUUAAAGAUGGUAAAGUGGAGAAGAAAAAACGACCUGGCAAUUCUAGCGAGGAAGAUUCUACUGGUACAGUGAAGGGAAGUAAAAAGAAAAAGCAAAAAGGUGCUGGAGCAGCUGGUGCGUCUGGAGCUAAGACAGUCAGUGGUGCCAAAGCUGCUGCAGGUGAGGUGGCGGAAGCUGUGGCAGCAGUUUUACCUGGUUUAGCGGGAAUAACACAUCCCAGUGAUGUUUUAGAUAUGCCGGUUGAUCCGAAUGAACCUACUUAUUGCCUAUGCCAUCAAGUUUCAUACGGCGAAAUGAUUGGUUGUGAUAAUCCAGAUUGCCCUAUAGAGUGGUUCCAUUUCGCUUGCGUUGGCUUGACGACUAAGCCGAAAGGAAAAUGGUACUGUCCAAAAUGUACUCAAGAUAGAAAGAAAAAGUAGUUAUUAGUAGAAUAGGUAGAUGUCAUUCCAUUAUAAUUAAUUACAUCUGCAACACAGGUCUCAGAUACUCUUUCUGGGAGGCUUCUUUCAGUGUGUGACAGUUUUUCGAUUUCUUCCUAACGCAUUAAGUUGGAAGCGACAGAAAAAAGGUAUGUCCGUGAAUAUACUCAUUUAUAACAUUUAUUCUAGUUGUUGAUAGAUGGCGCUAUAAUAAAACAAUAUUUACGUAUUAUCUAUACGACUGUAAUCUGUACAAUAAUUUAUACGAUUAUACAAAUCAAAGAACAUACAUUUUUAUAAUUGCAAUAAACACGAUUGAUUUGCUUUUAUACCAAAUUGUAAAUAAAAGGGCAAUAACCUUUUCAUAUUUGGCUGAUUACGAUUUUGACAACUGUCAACUUUAACUAAAAUGUCAUGCUAGGAAUCCCUAUAUUCUUAAAAUUAUAUAUGACGUCAACAUUAAUAAUACAGUGAAAUACUGAGAACUUUAUAUUUUAUUCGUAUAGAUAUGUAAUAGGCAAAACGUUUUUUCCGAUUAUAGCGCCAUCUAUCAACAACUAGAACAAAUGUUAUAAAUGUCUAUAAUCACGGACGCACCUUUUUUCUGUUACUUGUGACGCAAUGAAAAAUGCCUCUGAGAAGCACCAUAAAUAUUUUUAAACGAGAUGGAAUAUAGUGGUUGUGAAGAUGCGAAUGCUUCCAGACCUAAAGUUCAAAAACUUGUUUGUGAAUAUUCUGUUGUGGUUUUUCGUUUAUUAUAUGCCGAAAGAUUAUCGUUGUAAACCAUUGACCCAAAUUUAAUAGUAUUUUUACGUUAAGAGUAAAAUUAUGCCAAAUUGUGGAACAGUAUGGUAAUUAUAGAGCACAAUAAUUGCAUAUCUGAUCAAAUAAUCGUGAAUUUUAUCUUUAAGUGGGGUCUGGUUUGAAAGUUUAAAUUUUUUAUUAUUGUAAAUGUGCAUAAUUUCAAGAAUACUUUCUAAAAAUUUCAGAUUGAUCCAGGGUAGGCAAAAACCAAGGUUUUUAAAAAAAAAAAUAACCAGGUUUUUUUUGUUUAAACCAGGUUUAUUUGGUUUAAACCAUAUUUAUUUGAUACAAAGUAUCAUAAGUCUAAAUACUUUAAAAAUGAAUAAAUUAUUUUAUAAAAUAAUAGUAAUAAACAAUGAAAAAAAUAAUUAAGACAGCUUUUAUUUUUAUUUACAGACACAAAAAAUUAAAAUAACAAAACAACAUCUUCAGACGUAUUAAAACAUAUUCAAAAGAGCUAAGUUCGAAAGUAAAAAAUAAAAUUUAUUUAUUUUAAUUUUCUUCAUUUGCGGCAGCUGUAUAAGAAACUUUAAAUAAAAACACCAGUUUGGAGGUUCAAUAAAAAAAUCAGGUUUUUUCUUAAAAAACCAGUAGAUUUAAACCAUGGUUUAAACCACGGUUUUAAGCAUGUUGGUUUAAACCUGCCAACCCUGGAUUGACCGUAGUAAAAUUACCAGAGAUACAGUUGAGUCCGCGAGUCUUUACCCGUGCGUCAUCAUUUAAAGUUAAAGCAUACGAAAUAAGUCGGAAAUCUAUUUCACGCAACAACAACUGACAGAAAGUGACUACUGUUCCGAUUACGGGUUUUAUUAUAAAAUUUGACGUUUCCAAAUAUAUAGAAUGUCAAAUGUAAGUUUUGCUUCAAAAUUUUUGUACAGAAUUACAGCUACAUUUGAAGUAGCUUAAUAAAUUCUUUUAUUAUUAUUGAUUUAUAAAUAAAUAAACAAUUUAUUAAAAAAUUCAGUAACAUAUUUUAUUUUUGUUAUUUUAUUCACUUUGACGGAAAUCUAAACACAAUCAUUUCUUUACUGUGUGAAUGACGUUAGCUUUGUAUGUUUUAAAUAUUAAUUGCCAAAAUAUAAUUAUUUACCUUAAAAUUUCAAAGCCCAAUAUAAAAUUAGUUGUGAAAACAACUGUUUGUGUAAUAUAAAGAAACUUCAAAACGCAAAAAUUCGACAAAACCCGCAAAAAAUUCAACUGACUGACAGCCACAAAAGUAAACAAAGCAGAAACGUCAAACAAAUUGUGCUUAAAAUAUAAAAACAUACCGAAUCGUCUUUUUUGUACCUAUCUCUUUUCAAUGCACUGAGUCUAGAUGGUUCAUAAAAAUAACAUGUGUUGUUACUUAAUAACAAACGGCAGCUGGUUUGUCAUGAGUUUCAUGCGUGGAAGAGAAUGAUGCUAGAUAAAAAGUAUGUGUUUUAUCUCUUCAGGUAUUAAUGAAGCACGGGUAAAUACUCGCGGACUCAACUGUACAGCCUGUUGAAUAUUCUACAUUCGACUCGCUUUGCCGCGGUUUCGCACCAGCACGCUUGAGCGUAGUGAGAAACGUUCAACAAUUGUUGCCCUUCUCUUUUGUAGAUUGCUCCGCGAUUCAAAAAACAUUCCGGUGUGCACCACUUUACGAUUUGACAGACAAAAAGAAAUUGAAAAUAAAAGCUGUCAAAAUUUUAAACGCGUUUUUCUCAAUGCUUCUCUUUCACAGGCGGUGGACAUUGUAACUCAAAAACUACUCUGCCGAUCCACCUGAAAUUUUGUAUACGAUUUUCUUUGGACAUUUCGUGAGGUAACGGUGUCGAGAUAUAUUUGGUUUUAUGCUUAUUUUUUGUUUCACAAUAAUAAAUAUGUUGAUUUUUACCCUUUUUUAACAAAUAAUAUCACUUUUUUUACUUCCGAGUGAUACCAAGAACUAAAAAAACGUUAAAAAUAAAAAACUCGACAGCGUUACCUCGAGAAACUCGUAAGCUGGUAAAAUCUUUUUGAUUUUUUUGUUUCACAUGAUCCAGUGAUGAGUUCUGAUGUCCACCGCAAAAUCCAUUUUUUUGAGGUGUCUGUAAAAAUUUGCCACCGUUGGCAUAUUUUUCAAUAUUUUUCCUUUAAAUUUUUCUUGAAUAUUCUUUGAAUUGUACUUAAUAUGCGUAUUUAAUAUAAAAAUGUAAUAGUUGUACCAUAGUUUAAAAAAAAUCACAAAAAUGUGCUUGAAAUGGUGAUUUCAAACCAUACCCUUCUUAAGUAGCUUCUGGAUUUUUCACUAAAAUGCCAUCUGAUGGCAUCUGACAUUUUGGCGAUUUCGAAGUUCGAGAGAUUUCGAAGUUUUUAUCAUUAUCGUUAUUAUUUACGUCAUUAUCAUUAUCGUUCUCUAUAAACAGAUUGUGUUCAAAUUUUAUUAAAAAAUGGUAACCAAUAAGUUAGGUUAUAUUAAGUGUAAGUAUUAGUUUUUUCGGAGCGCUAUACAGUUUAUACCAAACCCUUCUAUCAGUGCGUCAUAGUUCAUCAAAUUCUCUCUAACGCAUUAAAUUGCAAGUGACAGAAAAAACGUACAUCCGUAAUUAUUGUACGUAGAACUCACAAAAUUCUGAAUUCGUUGACGGUAGUCGCAUACUUUCACAAUAUCAAUGGGUAAAAUUACAAUUGUCAUUAUAGGUUAGUAGAUUUAUUUAUAUAUUUCGACAUUUUAUUAGUCUAAAAAACUCCUACUUUUUUAUACCUGGGUCACAGCAUAAUAAACUAGACCAGCAAGGACACUCCCCGAUGCCGCCUUUGAAGUUGAAAAGUACAGAGUCGCAAUUUUUCGCGUAGUACAUCUCAGUGGUGAUGUGAUGUGAUCAUUCAUCAGUGUUGCCGAUGUCACUAUAUGAAAUUAUAUUAAGCCACUGCUAAAAUGAUCAGAUUUUGCCAAAAAUUAUGUUAACAUUUUUGAUCUUGGUAGUUUCUAAGGGUAAUAAAAAUACAUUAAGAAAAAAGUUAUUUUAUUCAACUUGUUAAUUCAAAAAUACUUGUAACAAAAUUAUAUAUAAUAUAUUAUACUAUAAUAAAACUACAUCUGGAACGCUUUCAAAUAAAAUUUCCUCAUCAUCAUCUUGUGAAAAUGAUGACUUUAUGUGAUUAAAAUAAUUUAACAUCUUUUGUCUGUUUGAAAGGAGUAACAUUAUUUUACUCCUUCACUUUUGCUAACACUAAUUUAAUAUUUGCUCACAGAUAGCAUUUAAACGUCGACAGACAACGAUAUCUAAGAAAACGUGAUUUUUUUUUAUUUCCGCAUUGCUCAGUAUCAGUUGUUGCACAAACUUUAUUACCCGUAAGAGAUUCUUUUUGAAUAUUUUCUGGAAUUUCUGCAAAAGAUUAAUAAUACAAUCGCCAUUCAUCGUCAAUAUUUUGUGUUAUGUCCCAAUUAUUGACAUAAUUGCCACAGGCAUACGUAUAAAAUUAUGUUGAAAAAUAUUUAUUAUCAGAAUGUCAUAAAAGUUAAGUAAAUCUGCUAAUUAUGUACAGUUACGGUCAUUGAAUAGUUUACAAGCUUACGAAUCUAGGAGCCGAUUUGUAAAUUUUUUACCUCGUUUAAACGCACCUUUUACGUCAAAUUGACUUUACCAGUGAAGAACCUAGGAUAGUUGCUUAAAAUUAAAAAAUCAAAAUAAUAUAAAUAUAUUUUACAAAAUUUAACAAAAUGGAAAAUAUAGAAAAAAGUUUUUUUGAAUAAAAUUGAUUAUGGUGUUAAUAACGAAAAAAGGAAGUUUGGUUUUAAAAUAUCCAUUUUAUUUUAUAUCUGUUUUAUAUUAAAUAUUGAUAAACAAUGAUAAAUAAUAAACAAUAAUUACUAUUUCGUGGAAGUUGCAUUAUUGUCAAUACAACUUUGCAGUCUUCUGUUCAUAGUUAGCACCAAUCUCCUCAUGUUAUAAUAUAGCCAACAAGCUCUUCCAGUUCCUGCUCAAUUAUUACUUCCCAUAAUUCAGUUCUAUUCUGUGGUCUAAGGUUACUUUUAUUUAGUUUAUUUUUUAACUCUGCCCACACAUUUUCGACGGGGUUAAAGUCUGCACUUCAGGAAGGCCACGGAAGAAUAUUAACAUGAGUUUCUUCCAGCCAUUCUCGAACAAUUCUACUCGUAUGCACCGGGAAAUUGUCAUAUUGGAAGAUUAAGGUGUUGUUGGGGAAUCUCUGGAUCACCAAUGGCAACAUUGUGUUCUUAGGAAUAUGUUUGUAAUGUAAUCCUGUUAUUUUUUCUUCUAUAUGAUAACAGGCGCCCGGACCUUCAGCACUUUGCCAUCCCCAUAAGUUGACCGAGAAUCCUCCACUAUUUUUUAAAUGAUGCGUAUAUUGUUCAUCAUACUUAUGAUUUCUCGGCAUAUAAACUUUUACUCGACCAUUGCUAUAUGACUGAAAUACUUUUUCAUCGGAAAAUGCAACCCUAGACCAAAAGUCUUCACGGUUUAUAAAUUCAUUACAAAAUUCAACUCAUCUCCUCUUGUGAUCCUCAGUCAAAAAAGGUCUUCUGCCCUCUUGAACCGUCCAACUGUGCUAUGGAGUGAAAAUUAUCCCAACUUUCUGCAGCAAACUGGCCUUAGUUACUCACCUUUUUCGAUUUUGGCAAUUGCUCUUGCUUUUUGCGCAUCAUUCAAAUGCGUUAUAACCAUUGUGGGGGAGUUUGAUAUCGUUUGAUUUUAUUUUUCAACGCUCGCGAGAUUUUUGACAAGCAUUGACUUUUGAAAUUUUUUAACUUUGGCAUUUAUCAAAUCCGUACGACACUGCAAUUUUACAGUAUUGCAAUAUAAAAAUUAAGGUGUAAACUAUUCAGUGAUAGUAACUGUAUAAAUCGUCAACACUAUCGAUUUUCUACACUGUCUGGUACUAUGCGAAAAAUGGCCGACGAUCUGCGCAGUAAUAGUGCGCGAACUUUUCCCGCCUUCUAGUGUGUCACUGCUGUUGCGUUUUCUAUGCUGUGCCUGGGUGCUCUGACUAUCCUCUGUAGGUACAGGUAGCAUUUCUGGAUGUGUUUAGCUUGGCAGCUACCUCCAAACGAGAAAAGUUUUAACCCCUAUGUUGUAUUGUCUUACCUGUAGGGACUGUCUGGUCCUAUUCGCUCCGUGCAUGACUGACGCGACACCUAGCGUAGUCGCCUGAAAUUUUUGGCGAACACAAUUUGACGUUAAACAUAUGUUACACAUAUUAUGACAUAUUUGACGUUAAUGGAAUAUUUGUAUUUACCAUUUUUGAUAAAAUUUAUUAUACAAACAAUAAGUUCGAGUGUCACAUAAACGUCAAAUUAAAAACGGAUAUUUGGAAAAGUUCUCUGAAGAAAAUAUCAAUUUUAAGGGUUUUUCGUUAUAGUUUAGUUGUCGGUGUUAACAUUAAGUGUACAUCGGAAGCAGUUAGGCAGUGUGAAAUAUUAUUACCAGAUUUUAACAUUAGCUGGGUCUAUUGAACUAUUACUUUUGUGGUAUGUGUGUAACACAAAAUGGAAAUAGAUGACGAUAGGAAUAUACGGAAAGAAAGGCAGUAUGAAAAUAUAAAAAUAAAUAAUAAAAAUCAAACCAGCAAUAAUAAGAUAAGCGAAAUAUCUAUUGAAAAAAAUUAUUAUUCAAUCAUUAUUCGCCAAAGUUGUCAUAUUUCGCCGCUACGGUCGCUGGCAUAGUUUCGUGUAUCCCCACCAUGGUCACGCACGGAGCCCAUAAAGAUGUUUCUGCUAAUAAAUAUUUAAAUAAAUUGAGGUUUUAAGUUUUAGCAUAUAUUUUUGGAGAUAUUCGACUUCCCAGAGCAAGACAAGAAUAUUUCGCUAAGGAAAUAUCGGGCCGAACUAGCCCGAGGGAUAUAAACCAAUAAAGGAAGAAGAAAAUUUUAUUUUAUAUAUACCUAUUGAUUUUUUCAUUAAAAUAUUUUAAAUCAAUAUUCAGGCAAAUAUGUAUAUAAAUAUUUAUAUAAUUUAUAUAAGUAUAAAUAUCUUCUUGUUUCUUUUUAUUGGCUUACAUACUUAAAUAUAAAUAUUCUGGCAAUUGUCAGAUUUGAAUAAAAUGUCAUGCAAUGAUAUGCGACAUUCUUAAAUUCGUCAAAAUUAAUGACACACUGAAAGAAGGGUUUGGUAUAAACUGUACCUUUUGUACUUGUUUUUAGUUACUUCGAUGUCAUAAAAUCGAGUUUAUAGAUAUCGGCCUGUGAAAAUCAAGUUUUAUUUAUUUUUGUAUGCUAUAUCUGAUCAGAUGAUCUCAAGACUUCUUGUUUAUAGAUAUUAUUAAUUAUCGACAUUUUUCUUACCUAUAUUAAGUUUAAAAUUUAGUGGUCAAUGUUUUUGUUUUUUAAAAUUUUAUUAAACAGAAAUUUGUA